GAGAGGCUCCUCGGAACCGGCAAGCUGAGAUUGCCUCUAGGCUCUGGAGCCUGAAGGCCGGUUCCGGGGUGGCAGGCAGGUUACCUCACUUUCUUGGCCUUCCUGGAGGGGGCGUGAUUUUCACGCGCUUGGCUCUUGAGAGCAGGAAAGAAAUUUGGGUCCUGUGGCAGGGCAAGCUGCGCCCAAUCCAUGGGGUCCCAAGGAGCUCCCUCUUGCUGGCUGGGCUCCUGUGCUUUACACUUCACCCUUCCACGACCCCAGGUACCCAGAAUGGGCAGCCUUGAAAAGCACAGCGCGGUGCCGCCUCCUGCAGGCUGAGGAGCUUUGCCCUGGUUCACCUAGUCCUACCUAGAGCAAGGCCUGUGUCCUGGGGUUCCCCGGGUCUCCCUUUGAGAGCCAGGGCAAAAUUUACUGACUUCUUGGCUUAAGAAUUAUGCAGAUGCCUAUCUCUACCCUUUUCUACACCACCCACAGGCCCUUCUCUCACCAUUGCUCCCAUCUCAGGCCUUUGGUGGGCUCCACAAGGUAUUUCUUGCACGAGGGGUGGCUCCCAACUUUAAAAAUGGGCUCUAAUCCAACUUCAUUGUCUCCUGGCGAUGCAGUUUCACCCUCUUUUUCCCAUUUUAGGGCAGUGUUGUUCAUGAAGGCCUGCAUUCAAAUCUUGUUUAUAAUACAAGUCCCUGGGUCUCACACCAGAUUUCUUAUUAAAUCAUAUUAUCUGGGGCCUGCAUUUUGUAAACACUCUUUCCCCAGGGCAAUUAAGAUGCACUUAUGUCUGAGAGCCACUUGAUCAAGGGCUCUCCUGCUUCUUUUAUGGUUAUUAUGUCUCCAGGGGUCAAAUUCCCUCUACCACUCAGGUAUCCCCAUAGUUCUUGGUGCUCACUCCCUAAUUGGGUUUUCUAAUGUCACUAUCCCAUAAGUUGAAUAAUUGCUCACAUUAGUGAAAGGGACAUUGACCCUUUGCUAACUUGGAGAUUUCAAAGAAGUGAGUUGGUUCAGACUGCCAUGGUUCAAAUCUUUACCGCUUACCUGCUGUUGUGGCCUUAGGAAAGUGGGACGUAUUUCCUCAUUUGAAAAGUAGGGAUAAUGACAGAACCUUCAAGUGUUACAAGGACUUUUACUUACAUGUCACUACUAUGUGUUAAAGACUAUUCCAACUACUUUAUAUACAUUAACUCACUGGUUAAAUACUUAAAACAGUGUUUUAGCACAUAACAAGCAUUCACUAUGUGUUCCUUAUCAUCGCUUUCUCUUUUCUGCUAAGCAAUCCAGGCCGAGACUUUUAGAGCUGAAAGAGACUUGAUUCACUCACCAAUCCUUGAAUUCUACAGAGGAGAAGACAGGCCUAGGCUUGGUCACAGGAAGUGGUAGACCCAGGAACACAUAGUUCUGGGACUCUUACUAGUGUUGCAGUCGGCCUCACAGGCCCUGCUCUCUUGGGCCUCCGUGUGUCUACAGGUUUACUUCAGGGCCACACCCAGGAAGAAAGUACCCCUAGUUCCUCGGUGGGCAGAUGGCAGGUAGGGGAAGCCUCAAAACCACAUAGACACAUCUUCGACUCAGACAAAGGGCUUCAGGCCUUUCCAGAGAGCAGGUCCCACUCUCCAGCUCCUGAAGGCGCCCUUUUCUACCACCACCUAUCAGUCACACCUUUCAGGGCAAGAACCCUCUUUUACAGCCUCAGGAAAAUACUCUCUUUUCAGUCUCUUGAAAUCUUGGGUAGGGUGGAAAAGCAAAAGGCCAGUGGGCAACAGCAGGGGAGGCUGGAGUGUCCCACUCCUCCUUAAUCUGCUUGUGUUCCAAGAUCUGGGCUCCAGGACUAUAGCUGAGCCAUAGCUCCCAACUUGGGCCAUAGUGGUAUCAAGGUAAGUCUUUGAGAGGCCUUAUCCUCAAAAAUCUCCUCCAGCUCUUCCAAAUUUUUGAGAUUCCUUCUAUCUUUUAAAAACAGUUAUAUAAAUACUUCCUCGGGUGACAACACACACACACACACACACACACACACACACACACACACACACACACACACACGGCAUUCAGGUUCCUAGCCCUGGCUUCCAUGACUUCUGCCUAUAGACUUUUCCUGUGAGGGCCUCCCCAACCGUUGGCUACGAUGCUUCUCUUGGUUUAACCAGGAGUCCACCUGCGUCAUAUUUUUUCCCAAAACACACAUAAUCUCUUCUGCUAUCAACCGUGUCAGGUGGAGUUUCGUCCAUGGCAUAGGGCAGCACUUUAGCCCUCCAGCCAUCCCAACUUCUGUGCCAUAUAACCUCCAUUUUUGGUUCUCAAAGGACUUAGAUGGCCAACCCAGGCCCUGCCCUUCUUGGUCCCUUUUUCAGCCUCUGACCCCACUGUCAGAUAUCCUGCCCCAGGGCCCAUUCUUUUGGCUUUCAUCUCUCACUAUUGAAGUUUUCUUCUGCAGUUACCUUUCUUCCCAGAGAACACCAAGGCAAAGCUCCAAUGCAUGAAUUCCAUUGUAGGGGGUAAGAGUAGUGUGGCAAGAGUAUGUUCCUCUUUCAGUGGUACAGCUCAGUGCCAAGAAUAUGGGAUCAUGUUUCCCUCCUGCGUGGGAUUCCCUGAUCAGCCCUUCUUUGGCUCCACCCCCAGCCCUUCUUUGGCUCCACCCCUUAAGGGCCAGGCCUUUCUCCUUCUGUCCCUGGCCCAGAGAGUUCAUCCAAAGUCUCAACCAUACCUAUUCUGCUUGUGCAGAUGCUUCGUUUAAGGGGAGAGCUUAAUAUGACCUCUGGGCAAGAAACCUCUUAAAAGUCAAGAUCAGAAUACUCUUUCCUGGGGCCACAUAGGAGGGGCUCUUAGGGUGGGCAGAAGACAGACCUCAUUACAUUUGGAGUAUAGCUGGUGCAUCCUCCUUCCUGGGAGCUGUUCUGGCUUCUAGGUUGGGAAGAGCCCUACAGGGACUCUACCUUAUGGGAGUUCUCUGGGAGGAAUUCAGAACUGGAUCUUUCUAGCCAAAUGGGGAAGGACAGUGUCUACAGCCUCACUUUACCCAGAAACAAAUUCCUUACAGGUCUUUACAAAAACUUCAACUUUUCCUCCCCUACCUUCUCUUUCAUUAUCACUAUCACCACCAUUGAAAGUCCUUGGGCAAACCUCAACAAAUUAGCCCAAGAUAGUCUGCUGUCCCCUCCUGGUGCUCAAAGUUCUUACUAGACAGAGUUUGCUCUUCCUCCUCCCCACUCUCUCAUUCAUCUAGAGAAGCCCAGGACAUUGGGGGUCGUGGGAGGGGAGGGCAAAGGAAUAUUGUAGGAAGGUGGACACUUUCUCUUUAAUCAUGUUUUCUGGCUCUUCUAAGAUUAGAAAAGUAAUCGAAGGUGUCGGCUUCACUGUCUUCCUCUCUUCCCUUCCUCUAUGCAUAGCUAGUUACUGUUAUCUGAAUAUACAGAGCAGGCUGUUUAAUUUUAUUCAUCUUCUGUAUGCCACAGUGAAGAUUACAAGCAAGUCCCAAUUACCAUCUUUCAUCAUCAUACAUUAAAAAAAAAAAAAAUCUACUAAACUGCAACUAGCCAGGCAUUGUUUCAAACACCACCUCCCACCCCUAUAGAAAGUUCAUCACAAUUGCCUAGAAAGUCAGACAUCCUUUGUUUAAUUCUGUUUUAUUAACUUAAGGAAAAAUAAAAAAGCUUUCCUACGCUUCCAACUUUGAUUAUUUUUAUAGAGUGGUUUAACAGGGACUAUAUUUGAAGCUGGUCACUUAGUACUAACAGAAUCAGAAGCCAUUUUUUAAGAGGUUGAUCUUUACGCAUUUUAAAAACAGAUACUACCAAUUGUAAAAGAAAAGAUCCUCCUAAGUAGUUAAUGGUGGGGGGAGGAGAAGUGGGUGCUAUACAGUCUAGGCUAACAGCCCCACCCCCUGCUUUCUAGCCAGUGAAAGUCAAAUCAGGAAAUGGGUUUUGAAAUGCAUGUAGAAUGGGUGGAAAUUAGAAUGCAAAGUGAUCUUUGUAGAGAGGGAUCUCUUUUAUGCACUUGAUGGGACUUGCUGAUGAGAACUUUUGCAACUGAAUUUGACUUAGAAAUUAUAUAUGUAUAUGUGCUCUACAAAUCUACACAGAACAUCCAUUCUUUUCAUCAGAAUUGUAAAAAUCACACAUGUUUCCACACUGGGGGCACUCUGGAAGGCUAUGGAAGGAUGCUGGGGAUCAGUUCUUUGUAUUUACUUCUGUUGCUGGGAGCUGGGGGCCUCUUUCCCACCCUACCUCCCCCAAGCAUAGAAUGUCACACUCUCCAGUAGAGCAGCCCUCAGGCCCAACUCCUUUUCUUGGCUUUCUCAGCAGGAGAGCAUACUCUCCCCAGCUCUCUUAGGCUCUCUCCCUCUCUGGUGGGAGUGGCAGUUCAGGAGUUGGGGGGAGAUGACCCAUCCAGGUUUGGGCCCCGGACUGAGCCCUGUGAUUGGGGCACUGGGGGAGUGGGGACAUCUGACUUCCUGGGCUUGAGUUCCUUGAGAGCCUCAUUUGCUUCCUCACACCCUCUCCCCUUCACACCAGGGCUGUUUUAUUGUUUUAUAACCUUCUUUAGAGCUUUAGUUGCCAAAGAUUCCGAUGGAGCUAUUCUCUACUUUCGCACUUUACCAAACCCCAAGUCUUGCUGUUUUAAGCAGUUUGGUCACUUGCAAAGGCUUUCCUUUCAGAUCUAAGCAAAUUAUAGAAACUUCUAGGCAUGUGACUACCUUAGACUUUGCUGAGCCCAUCCACAACAAUACAGAGCCAAGUGUUAACUCCAGCUGCCACCCACCCCCAAGCCCACCCAACUUCUCCAAAACACCCUUUUUACUAUUGAAGCUUGAACAAAGUCUCAAAUAAUUUCUGGUAUAAGCAAGUUAAAAAGUGGCCUUUGACUUUUCUCUUUAUUUAUUUACCACAUCUAGAGCUACAAAAUGAUUGAAAUAAAGGAGUUGAAGGUACUCACAGCGAAUGCAGCCAAAGAAUCAUAAGACAUGCCCACCAACCAGCCUUUUCCAAAUAGUACUAUCUCCCAACUUAAACGGACUUCUCUGAAAAGAUGCUAUUUGAAAAGCCUGGGGUAUUGAUAUGAAUCUGACCCCUGUGCAUUCUGGAUAUUUGGAACUAUUUAAAUGUGAGGGAACAGUUGCAGUGAACCUUUAUUUAGUGAAUAAAAGUUUAAAGCCAAAGGUUAUUUAUGGUUCUGCAGAGAUGGGACCUGAAUGGCUAUUUACGAGCACGUGAUUCCAAUAAACUUUGUUUUAUGGCUUGAGAGUUGACAAGCCAAAAUAUAAUUCCCACCAUAAAUUAGGUUAAGAGCAUACAAGUGCAGAUGCUUGGUUCCUGGAGCAGCGAUAGGAAAGUGAGAGGCUCCAGCUAGCGCCGGGCUCAGAAGGAGGCCGUUCUACUCUCAGCUCCCCUGCCCACUAGGAGAGAGAACCAGUUCGGGACCAGGAGAGACCGCCGCUUGCAUUGGCCCCAGCCCAGGGCAGCUUGGUGCCUGCAAACAGCGCCUGCCUCGGGGUCUGCAGCAGCAGCAGCAGGACGGAGAGGCCAGCUGGGCUCAGGGCUCAGGAAGGAUGAUCAGCGGAUCGACUGAGCCUGGUGACACAAAGCACCCUUUUCUUCAAGAAGCACCUCACCUUUAUACAGAGGCUCCUGUGUAAACACCUAAUUGGUUGCAGGAAUGUGGAGCCAAAGGGCUAGGUUUUGGAGGACUGGGGAGUGCGGUGGGAGGCCAGGUAGCCCCAGCUCGGCCCUCAAGGAGCAUGAGGUUGGAGGGUGCCUCAUGAGCGGCUCACUGGCCUUUGAGUGCCCUGUAAGAAGGAGGCGAGCUGGAAAGAAGGAGUGCAGAGUCCUUGUGGGGUCCAUUUGGGUGGGGUGGGGUACCCUCGCCAUCUUCCUGGCACACCUCUCAGCUUCCCGGGCUGAGGCAGGGGGAACCUCUUGCCAUACCUGCAAGGCCUGGCUUUGGCUAGAAUUACCCCAGCUCGGGCACUCACAGAAAGCUGGGCGGUUACUCAUUGCCUAAAUGGAUUCAGGCCAGCCAGAUUGUAGUAACUUUUGGGUGACCCUGAGGAAGACAAAGCCGGGACUGAGCCUUUGUAUGGCAGUCCCCGUUCCCGCGGCCGGGCUGGCGGGAGCUCUUCCUGCUGGGGUAUUCUGCCCAACUCUGAGCUGCCUCACCCACCUGCCUUUUGGUGCCUACACUCCAACGGAUAUUCGGAUUCAGUCCACUUUGAGCUGUGCCCACUUUGGGGGGCUGUUUUCUGGCGGGUUGGUGAGUGGAGAGGGCACUGGAGAUUAGCAAAGUCAGUGGCAGACAAAAGCUGGAAUUACUUUCAGGGGGAUGAGGGUGCUGAGGGUUAGAAGUAUAUUAACAUCUCGUGAGGGCCCUCGAAUGUGCCACAGCGAGUCACUUGAUUACACGUAUGUUAUUUAGUUAAAUUUGUGAAAAUUAUGAGAUGCUCACCAACCCGGUGAUAAACUCGCUCCCUCGCUAUUGGCUGGCCUGGUCACAUGGCCGCCAACUUUAUUCAGUUGACAGCAAGUAGGAGGGCCCUAUGGAAGGAGAAAAAAAGACAACACGAGAAAAAUUAGUAUUUUCUACCUUCUGAAAUUAAUGGCCAUGAGUUCGUAUAUGGUGAACUCCAAGUAUGUGGACCCCAAGUUCCCUCCCUGCGAGGAAUAUUUGCAGGGCGGCUACCUAGGCGAGCAGGGAGCCGACUACUACGGCGGCGGCGCACAGGGUGCUGACUUCCAGCCCCCAGGGCUCUAUCCGCGGCCCGACUUCGGUGAGCAGACCUUCGGAGGCGGCGGCCCGGGCCCGGGCUCGGCGCUGCCCACGAGGGGUCACGCGCAAGACCCAGCAGGCCACUACGGCGCCCCCGGAGAGCCGUGCCCGGCGCCCCCUGCGCCCCCGCCCGCGCCCCUGCCAGGCGCCCGGGCCUGCAGCCAGCCGGGCGGCCCCAAGCAGCCGCCCCCAGGGACGGCACUCAAGCAGCCGGCUGUGGUCUACCCCUGGAUGAAGAAGGUGCACGUGAACUCCGUGAACCCCAACUACACCGGCGGGGAGCCCAAGCGGUCCCGGACAGCCUACACCCGGCAGCAAGUCCUAGAACUGGAAAAGGAAUUUCAUUUUAACAGGUAUCUGACGCGGCGCCGUCGGAUUGAAAUUGCUCACACCUUGUGUCUGUCUGAGCGCCAGAUCAAGAUCUGGUUCCAGAACCGGAGGAUGAAGUGGAAAAAAGACCACAAGCUGCCCAACACCAAAGGCAGGUCCUCGUCCUCCUCGUCCUCCUGCUCCUCCUCGGCCGCCCCCGGCCAGCAUUUGCAGCCGUUGGCCAAGGACCACCACACGGACCUGACGACCUUAUAGAAGUGGGGACCCUGGGCCCAUCCCUCCCUGCGCUCCCGGCUGAGCCGAAGCCGCAGGGGCAGGCCCGGCCUGCUGUCACCUCGCUGGGCUCUAAGGUACUGUAGGGUGGACCUGGGACGUGCAGGCCGUCCUUGGACUAGGUUAGCAUCCUGCCUGAGGGCAGCCCCCUACCUGGAGCGGGUAUGGGGGUGGGAGGGGGAUGGGACUCUCUCUCUAAGUAUAUGAUCAUAUGGCAGGAGCUACUGAGAACAUAAAACCUUGGCGAGUCAUUAAACUCAUGAAAAUCUCCGCUGUUGGAUUUUGAAUUUACAAGUGAAGGUUGAAUGCUUUACCCUAGUGUGAAUUUGAACAUCCUUCCCCACCCCACGCCUCCAGGGAUGCUGUGGUUUAAUAAUGUGGGGGAGUCAGGCAGCAGGUUAGCCACCCCUGUGCUAGGUGCUUUCAAUGGAAGCAGGAGAGCUGUGCCAGGAUUUCUGAACUUUCUGGGUUGUCUGUAUAACUUCCAGUGUGAAAUUAUAUAUAUUGUUCCCACUGGCCCAUGCCCAAAGAAAUGAGUCUAAGAAGGAAGUGGAAACGGGUCGUUUUAUGUUUAGAUUAUAUUUGCUUAAAUAUUUAUUUGGUGGGGAAUGGGGUACAGAAAUAACUGACAUCUUAAUGCCAAAAACCUUAAGAUGGUGAAAGGGUCCAAAUUUCAGGAAACAGAAUCAGAGAUGUGUGGACUUAUUCAGGCUGUAACUGGCAUUUUGAACCCCACCCCCUCCCCAUUCCCUGGAAAUGUGUGUAGGGCCCUUAACCCUUCUAGAGGGAAGCAAAGAGUCCAAUCUGAGUUGCAUUCUUGAAAAUGUAUUUCCACAUGUGCUUUUUUCAGCACUGUGCUACAACCAGUAUUAAAGGUUGUUAAAGGAAAGGAAAAAAAGAAAGAAACAAAUGGUCCAACAUUUUCCUUCUGGGGAAAGAAAACAAAACCUCUGUUCUGGGUCAUUUGAUAAUGACCAAAUUUUCUGUUCCAACUGGAUUCCAAAUGCCCAAAUAGCCCAUCUAGCAAUAUUUUAUAAGAACUGGUGUAUGGCCUAUUUGGGAGAAGGGGGUGUGCAGUGGGAAGAAAGUGGGAAGUAGAGGAAGUCUUACUUUAAAAAGGAAAAAAAACAAAACCUAAUUGAAUCUAGAAGUCCACGAAAGUUGGUCUUAGGGUUUUUCCCUGAAGGUUUUAUUUUUUAAAACAAACCUUAAGGAAGUUUUUCUCAAUCCAUUAGUUAGAAGCAGAAAUUUUAAAAGUACAAAAGUUUUCAGGCCCUCUUUCUUGCCUUGAGAAUAGUGGUUUAAAACAAUCGCUCUCAAACAACAGAAGAGAUAUUUUUUAAUCAUUUUUCUUAUGCCUUGCCUGGGAAGGCUCCAAAGCUCAUUUUUCUAAAAUGCUGACCUGUAGGGUUAAGGGGAAAGAGUCAAAGGUAAUGACCAGGGUUUAUAUACUCAAAGGAAACGGGACUUCGAAAGUUUAAACCCCAAAGCCUGGGGCUCCAAAAAGAAACCCCAGGUUGUAGCUAUCAAAAAGUGACAAAAGCAGGGAGGGAUAAAGGGUGAGCUUAAAAGAGAGACUCAGAAUUGGGGUUAUUUUUUUUUUUCAGUGCUCCUGAACACUUUAGUAGGUUUCAGUGGUAAUUAAAAAUACAUUGAGGUGUAGGGGAAAGAAAAGAUUUUCUCUGCAGCCAUGUUCUUUGGUUCAGUGUCUCCUGAGAGUUGAGGGCAGGUAUUCACUGGAGUCCCUAGGCUGAAAUUCCACUUCUCUAAAGUAUCUUCCAAGCCUUGGUCUUUUGUAUUAGACCCUGGGGACAGCUCUUUGUUCCUCUUUGGGGUGAGCCUGGCUCUCAGACUUGCACAUGGCAAUACUUGAAUAUCGGCACGUCGGGAUAUUAAAGAUGGAUAUUCCUGCAUUAUUCACAUCAUUGUUUCUAUGACAAAAAGCACAGAGUUCAUACAUAGUCAAGAUGUCUUUUUUCUGACACCCUCACGUUGAGAAGCUGAAAAGGUAUUUUACUGAAGUUCGGGGCUAAAUUACAGAAUCAGGUUCAUCCAGAGGACAAAUUUUCUGUUCGAUUAGCUGUAUUUCAGCCGGGAGGACUGACCUCUAAACCCUUAACCUUUUGGACUCUAACUACCCUUCUCUUCUUUUUUUUCCCCCCUCUGACAUGGAGAGUGGUCUUUGGAUGUAACAGUUGAAAAGAGCAGUUAUCCUUGGACAAGUUGGAAAGUUGCUAAGAUUCUUUCUUAAAGCCCAGAUCUGUGAAUACAUUUAACGUCUCCUUGGGAGGGGGUAAAAGUAUGUUUUCACAACAACCAACUACUAUACAGGGGUGGGCAAAAGUAGGUUUACAGUGUAAUACAAAUAAGUGAUACAAUAAUUAAUCAAUAAUAAUACAAGAAUAAAUUCUAUUCCUCACACUUACACCUGUAAACCUACUUUUGCCUACCCCUAUAUACUGUAGAGAUUAUUUAUAGAUUCCCCCUUUCCCAAAAGUUCAGGUUACUUAACCCAGCUUUAGGCCAAAUGCCAAAACUACUUAAACACCUUCACCCCUGUCCCAAUAUAAAGCCAAGAGGAAAGUUUUGAUGAAGAAAAUCCAAGCUCAUUCUCAAACAUAGCCCCGUUACUUAGGAAAGUAACUUAAUCAGAGAAACAACUUCUUUGUUUAUAAGUCCUCAGCUCUCCUUCUCAGCUUCCAGGAAUUGCCUUUUGAAAUGUUAAUUUAGCUUGGAUGGCCCAGAGGGCAGCCCACGACCCUGAGGUCCUAACUGGACCUCAGCACCCUUUUGGGCCCACAAGAGUGGGGCAGGGAAGAAGCAGGACCCCCCCCCCCCCCAACCACCUAGGGCAGGGAAGGAAAUGAGUUUCCAUCUGGGAACGUGCUCUAGAGAAAGCUAGAUGUAGAAAGGCUCAGUGCCCAUUUGCUUUUAUUUGUUUCCACUUUGUUCCCCCAAAUAUGAGCCAGAAGUGUUUGUGUUGGUGGUGGUGUUUUUUAAAGCUGUGUUGGGGUUGUGACUAGGGGGAAUGAAGUAUUUGCUGAGGACAUUGCUCCUCGAACUCCCAUCUCACUUUGUCCAUUGCAGCCUUUUGUUGGGAGAUGACAUUGUCAGUCAGCCCAUGGUGUUUGUUCACACAAGAUGCUUUUUAAAUAGAAUUGACCAAUGUUCUGCUGCCAUUGAUUAAAGUAUUAUUUAUACUAAUUGUUGCCUGUAGUUUUGAUGUAAUUCAUUGAUCUAUAUUUGAAAUAAAAGGUAUAGCGAAAUCUCCCUCCUGUUUGGUGCCUCC